AUCGCUAAAUCGGAAUUUUGUUCCCUCUGUGAUAACAAUACAAUAUCAAUUUCAGAACAAAAACAAGAUCAUUUUAAAUUGUGUUACAUGGCGUUGUAAUAUGUUAAUAAAAUAAAGUGCAUCAGAUUAUAUGUUUAAAAAUCAAUAAUUUAUUUGCAAGAUGGAAACCAAACUGGAAAUUGCAUCGAAUUUGAGGAAAAUACUUGAAUCUUUUCUAGAUGAAAAUUUCAUCACAAAUAAUAAUGUUUACUUUGAAAAGCUCCUUGUACACUUGGCUGCAAAAGACAAUGCCUAUAUACUGCAGGCCCCUUUUGCAUUGGAUUGGGUUGAUCGUUGUAUUAACAUUUUGUUUGAGGACUUUAGCAAAUUGAAUCCAAAAGUCAUUUCAUUUGUUUUCAAUAUAUUUGGUUUGCUUAUCAAUAAUGAAUGGACCAUAAUCGAGAUAAGGGAGCGUCGUUUAGUUGACAAGAUGUUAGUGGUGGUGAAGCGCGAAUCUUAUAGGUUUAACCCCUCCAUUAAAUUGGGUGUUAUACGGCUUUUGCAUGCUAUUUCUAAAUACAGCAUUGGUUUAGCCUAUUUACGUACCAUAAACGCCUGGCAGUUCCUCAUAGAAUAUUGCAAUCAAGAUCACACGGUGUACGUAGUGCGGGAAGCGCGUCAUUUGCUAUACGAAAUGCUCUAUAAAUUCGAUGUAAAAACAAAUGACGAGAAAUUAGUGAAAGAAAUUCUGAAGGAGAUUUUGAAACCUAUUCUUGAGAAUGUGUACGAUAGUCACAAAGAUACCAUUCUGAUCAAUGUGGAUGAUUAUGAGUUACAACAUAAAUUGUCUUCAUCACUAUCGCUGUUCUCAUUUAUUCUGCAACAGACACUCGAUUCUGAAGAAAAGUCAAACAUUGCUGAAUAUUGCAAAGUAGAACACGAUAUUGAAAUUACUUUAUGGAAACUAACGGAAACGUCCCAUGAUGAACAUUUUAUGAGUAAAAUUUUAUCAACAUUGUCGUCAUUUUUCUAUGCUAGAUUAGUAAAUGAAAAAUGGAAUGGAUGCCAGAUUUCCCCAGAGUGUUUUACUGAUCUCUGCGUCUCAAUAUUCAAUGAAAUGAAAAUUUGUAUCUCUCGAAAUUACUGUGUAACCUUCCUCAAAGUGGCAGAAGUCAACCAUAAAUUGUGGAGAAAGCUUGGUAAUCGUGUUCCUAAGGACAUUUAUAUACAAAACGAGUUGGUACGAUUUGAAAAUCAGCUAAUAACUUUUCAGAUUUUGCCACUGUAUAUGCUUUUGCGUACCCACGAGUUUACCGAAGAAGAAAUCUUCGAAAAGUAUAUGACAAAAAUUUUCGAAAUUGUUUGCGAGCACACGUUACGCAUUGGUUAUGCUUACCGAGAUUCACUUUUUAAUAAUCAACCAGCAAUGAACGCAGAUUUAUCUCUGAAAGCAAUUCACGGUGUCAUGGCAAUGGUAGAUAUAUUGGAGCAUGAUCAGGCCGUGCUCGUAUUUCAAGCUUGCAUAUAUGCGCUUAAGGAAUUCAUGAUGAAACUAUAUCCCAAUGCGGCUAUGGAUGAUCCCGAUGAUUCCAAUCCCGUUGCAGCAGAAAUACCGAGCUUUACAAUUAUAUCUGAAUUCUCCAAUACAAUACAUGCUAUUUUGAUUGCAAUGCAGACGUUGAUAAAACGAUUUAAAAUUACAUGGAAAGAGUCCAUCGAGACAAUUUGCUUAGUUAAUUGUAGUUUGCAUAUACUACAAGCUGAUGAUCUGCCAGUAAAAGUGGCUGUACAAUCACUUAAAUUAUUACAGCUUUCAUUAGAACACUUUCUUGCGCCAAAUAUGGCACUGUUAAUGGAUAACCUUAAAGGUUCUUCUCUGCUCUGGAUGGGCCCAGCUAUUCUAAAACGGUAUCAUGAUCCUGCCUGGGAGGUGCGCGAUAGCACGAUAGAGUUAGUUAUCUCUAUUGCUGAUAUAUCCCGUCUAAAAUACCCCGUUUUUCAAAAAUUUUUGUCUGAACAUUGGAUGUGUCGAUACAUAUACGAUAUGGCCAAAAACGAUUCAGAGCCCUAUGUACGUGCCUCGGCGUUAAGAUGCAUAUCGCACUUUAUAUCUAUUGAUGAUAUAUGGGAGAUAGAUCUUUGCAAACAAAAUGUAGCAGAUCAUUUAUUUGAUGUACUCUACAAUGAACCAGAAGCAAUUGUCCGCAAAGAAGCUAUGGACGUUCUUUGCACUAUGAAUUUGCAACGCAAAAUAGCCAGUCGCCAUAAAGAUAUUUUCUAUUCUACAUUGGCCUAUUGCGCUGUUAGCGAUUUGCAUUGGGAGGUAAAGGUGGGAGCUAUUCGUUGCUGGAAAAGUGUGAUAUGCAAUUUGCUGUCUGAUGAGGGUAUGAUUGAUGGUGUCUUUCCACCAGUAACUUUCUCUAAAGAAAAAAGAAAGAUCGUCCAACUAAAUGAAAAAGAAAUAAAUCUUCGUUUCACUAAAAUGAUGAAUGAACUGUCACAACAAGGAUGUCUUGGAGUGAUAUUAAAGUGCUUAAGUGAAGAUUGCGAUGUUGCUGUAAUAUUAGAGGCUAAAGCAUUUUUAAAAAGAUUGGUAACUGAAUUGGAUAAAUAUAAUUAUAUAGCUACCAUAACUGCAACAGAUAAUGUCACUCCUAAUACAAUUCACAACAAUCCAACAACAUCCAAUAAUAGCAACGAUAUAAACACAACACCUGAUAAUUUGUUAAAUAAAAAUGAUUCGAUGCUUAAAAGUGCCUUAAAUGAAGCAGUAAAGUUAGAAAAGAAUACGGAUAUUGUAAGUGGAGAUGCAGAAACAGCGGAGUUCCUCGAUUCUGACGAAAUUAUCGAAUCUAUAUUGGAUUCUAAAGACUUCAAUUUAUUGGCGGAUGCAUAUGAACAAAGUAUGAGAAAUAACAUAAAAGGCGAUACAGACGAGUCUGCUGCAUCUACUCAACUACGAGCAGACAACGAGCGGCGAACUAUCCAUCCUUUUUACUACCGCCAAUUCACCAAUGUGAGUGUGAGCGAAUUUUUUGCAACCAUAAAACGCCCUGAUUUCGAGGAAAAAAUAUGUAAACAAGAUGAAUGGUUUCUAUGCGAUGAAAAUUUAGCCUCUCUUGUCGAUGAUCUUCUGUGUUUAAUUAAACCAGAGUCAGAUUCUGCGGCAAUAUCCGCAGAUUGCUAUUGAUUUAGUAAUCUACCGACUAUAGAGAAAAUUAAGAGCUUCAAAUCAAGACGUAUGCAAAGCAAAGAAUAGCUUGAGGACAAGCAGAGUAUGUUAACAUUCAAAUCCUCCGUUAUCAUAUUGUCUGAUAUCGUUAAAUAAAAGUUACAAUAAGGAUAACAAGGAGCAAGUGCGAAUUUUGGCAAUCAAAUCUCCUAAAGCUAAAUUAACAAUUUUACCUUAUGCGCGUUAACUUUGAUAGCAAUUUUUCACAUUGGAGAUCUUUAAGCAUUCUACUUUAUAAGUUAUACUACAUUUUAUAAAAAAAGUUGUUUCUUUAUUCCAUACUAAUAAAAUUUUAUAUUUCCA